UUUUAUAAAAAAAAUGGCCUUCUUGAGGCUGGGUUCUAAGCCUGAAGUAUUUCACCGUGAAGGUUGCUCUUGGGUUUGCACAUCUGGACUUUCGAGCGACAUUUGCAUUAACAUUGGAGAAAUGUCUUUCAAUCUCCACAAGUUUCCAUUGCUUUCAAGAAGUGGGUUGCUAGAAAGACUUAUUGAAGAGUGCAGCGAUGGAGAAGGAUCGAGUUUAAGUUUGAGCCUUGAUGAUAUACCAGGUGGAGCUAUAGCCUUUGAGCUUAUAUCGAAGUUCUGCUACGGCGUACGAAUCGAGCUCACCGCGCAGAAUGUCGCCAGCAUCCGAUGUGCGGCCGAGUACCUCGUAAUGACAGAAGAUUAUGGAGAUGGAAAUCUCAUAAUGCAGACCGAGUCUUUUCUUAACGAAGUGUUGGGGAAUUGGGAUGACUCAAUUACAGCUCUUGAAUCCUGUGAAGAAGUCAUGCCACAUGCCGAGGAGUUUCACAUCGUCUCGAGAUGCAUCGAUUCGUUGGCGACAAAAGCCUGUGCAGAUCCGAGCUUAUUCGGCUGGCCUUUGCCUGGACGUGAAGCCAAGAAAAGUCCCCAAAAUGAAGGUUUAUGGAAUGGAAUAUCAACCGCAACGAAGACACAACGUACAGGGGAGGAUUGGUGGUACCAAGAUGUAUCAUUCCUUAGUUUACCUUUAUAUAAAAGACUGAUUUUAGCCAUCGAAUCGAAAGGUUUAAGGCCGGAAAGCAUUGCGGCGUCGGUGGAGCACUAUGCUCUGAGGUAUCUCCCCUUGAUGAAUCGACAAUCAAGCUUCGACGAUAUGCACAAUGUUAAUACCGUGACUACUUCCGAAGCCGAUCAGAGGGCUCUGUUAGAAGAGAUUGUAGGGUUACUUCCUAACAAGAAGGGAGUCACAUCCUCCAAGUUCCUCAUUAGAUUGCUUCGUACAGCAAAGGUGCUACGCGCUAGCCCGUCGUGCCGAGAAAAUUUGGAGAUGAGGGUCGGAGCUCAAUUGGAUCAAGCUUCCCUAGUGGACAUACUAAUUCCGAAUAUGGGGUACUCGGAGACUCGUUUCGACGUGGACUGUGUUCAGCGAAUUCUUGACCAUUUCAUGUUAGUACAACAAGCUGCAGCAUUAGCAACUCCUUGCAAUGUCGAGGAGGGGGAGUUAACAAACGGAUCGCUCGAUUCGUUAACACCGAUGACGAUGGUGGCCACCUUGAUAGAUGGAUUCUUAGCAGAAGUAGCAUCGGAUGUUAAUUUCAAGCUCCCAAAAUUCGAAGCUCUCGCAGCUACAAUCCCCGAUUAUGCAAGACCUCUCGAUGACGGACUCUAUCACGCCAUCGAUGUCUACAUGAAGGCACAUCAUUGGAUUACAGAUAACGAGCGAGAACAGCUCUGUAAACUAAUGAACUGUCAAAAGCUCUCAUUGGAAGCGAGCACUCAUGCAGCGCAAAACGAGAGGUUACCUCUCAGAGUGAUCGUUCAAGUCCUCUUCUUCGAACAACUCAGGCUUCGCACAUCGAUCUCAGGCUGGUUCUUUGUAUCCGAUACUCUCGAGAACUCACACAACACUAGCGGUGGGAUCGAAAUGAACUCGAUGGCAACACGAGAGCUAGCUAAUGGCGGCGAUGACGAUGUCGAGCAACGAGUUUCCGAGCUUGAAAAGGAUUGUUCGAGCAUGAAAGAGGAGAUAGGGAAACUGAUGAAGGCGAAGAGAAGUUGGAGGAAUUUUACGAGGAAGUUGGGUUUUAAUAAGAAAUCGAAUUCUUGUUGUACCAAAGGAACGAAGCCUACGAAUGUAGGAGCAUUUUCACAAAUUUGA